AUGACAAGCUCGGGUGUCAAAGAGAAAAUAAACGAGGCAGUUCCCUGGAUACAAGAAGAAUCACAGGAAAAGAUAGAUGCAAUGCUUUCUCCCAGAGUUUUUAAAACACAUGAUAGAUGGGAUUGGAUACUAAAGGGGGAUAAAAUAAAAUACAUCUAUUGCUACAGAAAUCCCAAGGAUGUAUGUUGUUCGUACUAUAAUCACAUGAAAAGAGUUUUUGUUGGACAUUAUGGAUAUACUGGUACCAUCUCAGAGUUUUUCUCAGACGUGUUCAUCAAACGAAAUGCUUCAGAGCAAGGAUGGUACUUCAAUCACGUUGCAGGGUGGCUCGAACAGAAGGAGAACCCCAACAUACUCUUUCUAACUUACGAAGAUAUGGUGGAGGAUCUUAAGAGGGAAGUGUCAAAGAUUGUUGAGUUUUUAGGUCUCCAAUGUUCUGAUGAAAAGAUUGAUAAUGUAGUAAGUAGCAGCAUGUUUGAUUCCAUGUCCAAGAAUCCUACAGUGAACUAUUCUUGGAGGGAUGGGGAUAAGAAGGACCCUAAUUCCAAGUUCAUUAGAAAAGGCAAAGUUGGAAGUUGGCAGGAUGAGUUGACAGAUGACCAGUCUCAACAGAUUGAUCAACUAACCAAAGAGUUGUUGGAGAUCCCGUUUGGUAUAAAGAUUAGGGACAUUUUGUAG